AAGAUUUAACUCUGAUACAUCCAACUACCUCUAAAAGCAGCUAUUCAAAUGUUACAAACUUCACUAAGCAGUACCAGGUAUUUUGUUUAUGUAUGCUACUCUUGUCUGUUCUUCCUUCCAGCUGUACAUUCAGACAACCACCCUGACCGUCUCCAUGAACCUCAGUGCCUCAGUCGCGCUGGGCAUGCUCUACAUGCCCAAGGUGUACAUCAUUAUCUUCCACCCUGAGCUGAACGUGCAGAAGAGGAAGCGUAGCUUCAAGGCUGUGGUCACCGCUGCCACAAUGUCAUCCCGUCUGUCCCAGAAACCCAGUGAGCGGCCCAACGGCGAGGCUAAGACUGAGCUUUGUGAGAACCCUGCUGCUGACCCCAUGAGUCAAGCAACAAAGAAAACAUAUGUGAGUUACAACAACCUCAGGAUCUGAUCUCCUUAGAAACGAGCACUUUGUCCUUUGUUUGUGAUCGGGGGAAAAAAAAAAAAAAAGCAAAGGAAGGAAGAAAGACAGAGAGAGCGCGGGCAUCCCAGCACCACCUGCAGUACCUAUGCACUCCAGGACUGUGGAUAGCAUCCAACCUUCAUUCAGACAUGAUGCAUGAGUCCUAACAGAUGCGAACAGAGCUUUGGGCCUGUGUGACUGGGUCGGUCCCUCAGAAUCAAACCACAGGCUGUAAAACUUGCGACGUGGCCCUCUUCUCUUUGUCUGACGAGGAACAAGUUGCCUGCUGAAAAAAGGGGGUCACUGUGAAUGAGGAUAAACACAAAAACACAGACCGUGAAUCUGCUUGAAGAAAUUUUCUUUUCAAAUGUCAUUAAAGCCAUAUUCUCUUUGGGGUGACCAUUAUCAGAUUUUUUUUGUUUUGUUUUUGUUUUUGUUUUGUAUUGUUUGAGUGAUUUUCUUCUGUGCCUCUUUUUCUCUUGGAGUUGAUUUCAUUACCUUGAACAGCGAGCUCUGCCACACACAGCAUUUUGUUUCGACAACUUCAACUCCACUCAGUCCCAGAUUGUUUUUAACCGAGUGAUGGGCAUUGUGAGUAUAUAUUUUUUUGUAAAUAUUUGAGAGUAUUUUCAUGUUUGAAGAACACCGAAAUAGAUAUCGAGUCUUUGUUCAGUUGGAUUUGGAUGGUAACUAAAAGCACCACAAAGUGUCCACUUUGCAUGUGCCAAUGUAUGUCUGUUCUAUUUGAUGUAAACUAAACAAACAACAACAAAAAAAAGAAUCAUAAGAGAAAUAAAUUCAGAAAAUGAUGAUGAG